CCAGACUCCUUCCAGUCGUCUUUCUACAGGCACACUAAAAUGGCGUCGGCUCCGGCAGAUUACAGCACCUACAGUCAGACCACUGCGCAGCAGCAAGGGUAUGCUGCUUAUGCUGCCCAGCCCACUCAAAGCUAUGGGCAGUCUGCACAGCAGACCUAUGGUCAACAGAGCUAUGGAUCAUAUGCGCAACCUGCUGCUGCUGAUGGAAGUUACACCCAGACAACACCUGCUGCUGCAGGCUACACUCAGCAGCAGCAACAGUAUGGAUCCUCCUAUGCCCAGCCAGCAGCAGCUGGCUAUCCUGCCACCCAGUCAACCACCAAUACCUACUCCCAGUCAACCCAGAGUUAUGGAGCCAGUGGUUAUGACAGCACUCCUGCUGCUGCUGCUCCUGCUGCCUCCCAGUCUUACGGCUCUCAGCCAGGAUAUACUGCUCAGUCUGCCUACCCUGGGUAUGGCCAGCAGGCUGCUCCCACUGCACCACAGAGUUACAAUGCUAGCAGCCAGCCAGCCAGUUACAGCCAAAGUACCUACUCCCAGCCAGCAGCUUACGGCCAGCAACAAUCUGGCUUCCAAGCCCAGCAGGCUAGCUAUGGUCAGCAGCCGGGGUACCAGCAGCAGACCCAGCAGCAGCAACAGGCUCCUCCUGCUUACCCUCCUCAGGCUUCUGGUUCCUAUGGUCAGCCACCAGCAAGCCAGUACAGCCAGCAAGGUGGACCUCCUAGUUACAACCAGUCCAACCACUACAGUAAUUACAGGCAGGAUGGCCAGAGUGGAAGUUCUGGUUACUCUGGCUCUGAGUCUUCAAGGUAUGCCGGGUCAGGGGAAAGCAGGGGCCCUGGCAGAGAUGGCUUUGAUCGUGGUGGAAUGAUGCACCGUGGCCGUGGAGGCCGUGGAAUGGGCAGCGCUGGAGAACGAGGUGGCUUCAGUAAGCCUGGUGGACCAAUGAACAGCGAUGAGCGUGAAAUGGGACGACCUGAAGAGCAGGAUGACUCUGAAAACAGCACAAUCUACAUCACAGGGUUGACUGAGAAGGCUACCUUGGAGGAAAUGGCUGAAUUCUUUAAACAUGUUGGCCCCAUCAGGAUUAACCGCAGACUUGGCCUGCCCGCCAUCAACAUAUACACGGACAAGGACUCAGGAAAGCCCAAAGGAGAUGCCACCCUCUCCUACGAGGAGCCAGUCUGUGCCAAAGCAGCUGUGGAGCAUUUUGAUGGAAAGGAGUACCAAGGUCGAAGGCUGAAGGUGUCGAUGGCACGCCGCAAGCCCAUGAUGGGUGGAAUGAGGGGCGGCAUGCCCAUGAGAGAUGGUAUGAUGGGUCGUGGAGGUAUGAUGGGCCGUGGAGGAGACCGUGGAGGAGGAGGAGGAGGAGACCGUGGAGGAGGAGGAGACCGUGGAGGCUUCCCCCCACGUGGCGGUCCUCGUGGUGUGGGUAGAGGUGGACCCACAGGAGGCAACAUGCAGCAGAGAGCUGGGGACUGGGAGUGUCCAAACCCGGGCUGUGGCAACCAGAACUUUGCCUGGAGGAUGGAGUGUAACCAGUGCAAAGCACCCAAACCAGAAGGGUUGGGCGGCGGCCCUGCUGGCCCUGCUGGCCCUGGCGGCCCUACUGGCCCUGCUGGCCCUACUGGCCCUGCUGGCCCUGGUGGCCCUGGCGGCCCUCCUUUCCCCCCAGGAGGUGACAGAGGCCGAGGUGGAAUGGGAAUGCGUGGAGGCCGAGGUAUGGACCGUGGCGGGCCGGCGGGAGCUGGAGGCCCAGGUGGUCCUGGAGGUUUCCGUGGAGGCUGGGGAGGCGACCGUGGUGGCGACCGUGGUGGCUUCAGAGGACGCGGUGGCAUGGAUAGAGGGGGUUUCCGUGGAUCCGGGCGCGGAGGACCACCCAUGGACCGAAUGGGUGGCAGAGGUGGAAGAGGGAUGGGCCCCCCAGGUGGAAAGAUGGAUAUGAGGGACCAUCGCCCGGAGCGCAGAGAGCGACCCUAUUGAGGAAGUCGUUGAUCUUUCCUCUUGUGGAAUUCGAUUUUUAAGAAGAUCAUUUUUAAUUUAUGAUUCCAUAUUUCAAUGGUUAUAGAGCUGCUUUCAAACAUCCUGUGCAGUUUCAUUCAACUCCUGUUUUUAUUUAGUUUACCCAUGUUUAUUGUGCAUGGUUUUUUUUGUUGCUUUUUUAAAUGUGCUGGUUAGAUUUGACAUUGUGUUGUAAAAUGCAUCAAUUUUUUUCAUUUGUUACCAUAAUUGCUUCCCUUUUCCCAUAACUAGCAAUUGUAUGACGACAAAUUUGGGAAAUAAAAUUUUACUGAUUUGA